GGAGGGGCGCGGAGCCGGGCGGCUCGGGGCCCAGAGAGCGCCGCGGCCGGGAGCCCGCCGGCCCCUGACAGCCCCCUCCCCCCGGCGGACGACGACGACGAGAACGAGGGCGCCGGUCAUGGCGGAGCAGCGAACCGAGCGCGGGCCCUGAGCACCACCGCAUGGAGCGGGACGAACGGCCGCCUAGCGGAGGGGGAGGCGGCGGGGGCUCGGCGGGGUUCCUGGAGCCGCCCGCCGCGCUCCCUCCGCCGCCGCGCAACGGUUUUUGUCAGGAUGAAUUGCCAGAGCUCGACCCGGGCACUAUUUCUGUUCCAGAUGAUCGGGCUGAACAACGAACCUGUCUCAUUUGUGGGGACCGUGCCACAGGAUUGCACUAUGGAAUCAUCUCCUGUGAGGGAUGCAAAGGGUUUUUCAAGCGGAGCAUUUGCAACAAGCGGGUGUAUCGGUGCAGUCGUGACAAGAACUGUGUCAUGUCUCGGAAGCAGAGGAACAGGUGCCAGUACUGCCGCCUGCUCAAAUGCCUCCAGAUGGGGAUGAAUCGGAAGGCAAUCAGAGAAGACGGCAUGCCCGGAGGCCGGAAUAAGAGCAUUGGGCCGGUCCAGAUAUCAGAGGAGGAGAUCGAAAGGAUCAUGUCUGGGCAGGAAUUUGAGGAAGAGGCCAAUCACUGGAGCAACCAUGGUGACAGCGACCACAGUUCCCCUGGGAACAGGGCCUCAGAGAGCAACCAGCCCUCACCGGGCUCCACACUGUCCUCCAGUAGGUCUGUGGAACUAAAUGGAUUCAUGGCAUUCAGAGAGCAGUACAUGGGGAUGUCUGUGCCUCCACACUAUCAAUACAUACCGCACCUUUUUAGCUAUUCCGCCCACUCGCCACUUCUGCCCCCACAAGCUCGCAGCCUGGAUCCUCAGUCGUACAGUCUGAUUCACCAGCUGGUAUCAGCGGAGGACCUGGAGCCAUUGGGCACGCCCAUGUUGAUUGAAGAUGGGUAUGCUGUGACUCAGGCAGAGCUGUUUGCCCUGCUUUGCCGCCUAGCUGAUGAGCUGCUCUUUAGGCAGAUUGCUUGGAUCAAGAAACUGCCUUUCUUCUGCGAGCUCUCAAUCAAGGAUUACACGUGCCUCCUGAGCUCUACAUGGCAAGAAUUAAUCCUGCUGUCUUCCCUCACUGUUUAUAGCAAACAGAUCUUUGGGGAGCUGGCUGAUGUCACUGCCAAGUAUUCACCCUCUGAUGAGGAACUACACAGAUUUAGUGAUGAAGGGAUGGAGGUGAUCGAGCGGCUCAUCUACCUAUAUCACAAGUUCCAUCAGCUAAAGGUCAGCAAUGAAGAGUACGCUUGCAUGAAAGCAAUUAACUUCUUAAAUCAAGAUAUCAGGGGUCUGACCAGUGCCUCACAGCUGGAACAACUGAACAAGCGAUAUUGGUACAUUUGCCAGGAUUUCACUGAAUAUAAAUACACACAUCAGCCGAACCGCUUUCCUGACCUCAUGAUGUGCUUACCUGAGAUUCGCUAUAUUGCAGGAAAGAUGGUGAAUGUACCCCUGGAGCAGCUGCCUCUCCUCUUUAAGGUGGUACUGCAUUCCUGCAAGACAAGUGUGGGCAAGGAAUGACCUGUUCCCAGCGCCCCUCCUCGGGCCAACUGCAACGCCUUGGGUGGGCAGGACAGGCUCCAGAAGAAAGAGCCAGAGAGACCAAGGUGGAGGCUGUGGAGCAGUGUUUCCGGUCGCCUCCAUAGCAAGAAGAGUUUUUGUUUGUUUGUCUGUUUUUUUAACCUCAUUUUUCUAUAUAUUUAUUUCACGACAGAGUUGAAUGUAUGGCCUUCAACAUGAUGCACAUGCUUUUGUGUAAAUGCAGCCGAUGCAUUUCCUUGCAGUUUACAGAAUGUGAAGAUGUUUAAUGUUAUAGUGUUGUCAUUGUUUAGAGAUAGUUCUUUUGUAUUUUGAGGGAGAGGGUGGGAUGGGGCUGAGAUGAAUAUUUCCAUAAUGUUGACAAAGACGACUACCUCAGUGGGAAGGGAGGGAUGUGACCAUCCCUACUUUUUCCACAUGUUCUCAGCAGACUCCUACAUUAGUCUGUCAGAGAGCGAACUGCCUUUUUCUAGCUACCGAAUUGCCAGGUAAAAGUAAAAGAGCACAUCAUAAAGGGGCAAAGUGGCGUUGGGAGGUUUAUCAAGCAAAGUGGGGAAGACACUGGGAACAGGACAGGAGAUAAGGAUUUAGCCAUCUCUUUUCUUUGGAAAGCAUGACAGUUGAGGGGGAAGGGCACAGUGACCAAAUCUAAGUUAGGUGUCCUCCCUCCAUACAAGUCCUCGGGGAGAAGGGUUUCUGUUCUCACACCAUGCUGUGGGCUCCUCCCGCCCCCACCGUCUGAACCGCCACCGUCAGUUUCUGCCACUGUCAACUUUUCAUCCACACAAGUCCCUGGCAGUAAGUUAAUUCUUGGGACUUGUCUACCAGCUCCCUAGGGGUCACAGCUACUUAGUUUCUUUACCUGGAUCUACCAAGGUCCACUUUCCUCAGACUCCUGUCUGUCUCUUAUAAAUUUGGCUUCCUAUUGGCCCUUUGAAAAAAACUGAACAAAAUGUCAUGCUCUGAAUCCUGGUGCCCACUGCUAAUUUAUUCUCCUUUCACCUUGCUUUCUUCAAAGGGUAGUGGGACAAAGGCCAGACUGCCAGAAGAAUAAUCUUCCUUUCCCUGUUCCUCCCCUCACCCCAUCUCGUCCCACCCUCAGGACUGAAUCCCAAACCUGCAGUCUUUCAUACAGUGGGAAGGACCAUCCCCCCAUCUGCUGAACAGAAUUUUUGCCUCUUCAUUCUACUCCCAAGUUCUCCUAAUCUCUCCAAAGUGAGACCAGGUUUCCUUAGAAAGCCCAAGGAUCAGAGUGGCCCAGCUGCCUGUUAGACUAUCAGUGGCCUGGCUGACCAAGGCCUAGAGGGCUGGAGUCCAAAGCACCUGGAAGGGAAGUGGCAGGGGGUGGGGUGAGGCUUGAAACUACCUCAUGUUCCUCAGGGUCCGGCUACCCUCUCUGCAGAUAUGGCCUGGACCUCCUAGUCUUUCACUACCUGCCCCUACCUAGUCCUGGGAAACGUUCCUUACCCUCUUGGCUUUGGCCAGCGGCCAUACCAUGUCUGUCUUAGAGUUCUUUCAGGUGCUUUUCCUUUCUUUGCCUUACUAGAGCAGUUGUCUCUGCCUAUACCCAGGUGCCUCCCACAGCCAGUGCAGCAGACAGACCACUUAACUGGGUGCCUCCCUGGGUGGGCUUGAGGGGCCCACAGCAUUUUGUUUUUCCUGUUUACUCAAAGGUCUUUUGCUCUCUUCCCAACCCGGCCUUGCAAACUUGCCCAGUCAGCCACCACAUCAUGUGCAUACCAGGUAGUCCGUGUCAGAUUGUAAUCUUUUCUUCCCAGUGAAAUGUUACGGGUACCGGCAGAAUGAUGACUUUGUCCCUUGAUGGAUCUAAAACUCAGAGCAUUUAUUAUUCCUUAAUGCCAUUUCUCCAGCUGCUCUGAAAGAGAAAAGAGACAUGUUCCUCAGGAAAAGCUCCAACCAGAAUGUUUUUCACUAGUUGAUGGGAAGUGUUUUGUGUGUGUAUCUGUUUGUUUCUGAGUUCACAAUAUUUUUGUUUCCCUGAAUUUUUUUAUUUAACCAACUAGAUCACAUUCUUUGGCUACAGGUCAGACUCCAAGCUGCUUUCCUCAAGGUAGGGGAGGAAACAUAUAUCAGAGUCCCCUUCUCCAAGACUGCUCCUGUGUGCAGUAUCUUUCUUUGCUCUAGACCUCCAUGUGUCAAAUUACUUUUUGAAAUUGCUUUUCUCUUAAAUUAAGCAUUUUACCGGUUGUGUUGGAUAUCAAAGGAAAUUGCUCCCUGACAAGGCAAGAGCAUGUCUCUCCAAUAACGCAGCGUUAAACAGAGCAAGUUGUUAAUUUGUGGAGUGGGGGAAAGCUUCUGCAAGUUGCCAUUGUACAAAUCCAUUUUUACAAAUGUUUGCAGCAGAUUCCACAGAACAAAGAGCCCAUUCAUUGCCAAGAGCCCUGCAGAAUUUCUGAGCCAAGUGGCCGUGUGUUCCAAGCCGGAGCCUGACCUGUGGACAGCCUUUAAUGUCUUCUGCACCCAGUCCUUUUAUGACGUGGGCUUUUUUUUAAACAGGGUAAAGUGAAUGUGUUGCAUUGCAAACUCAGGUAUUAGGAGGAGAAGGUAGGAGUGUAGCUAGCAGCGUGGAGACAUUAGGUCAGCCACUAGAUGUAUUUGUGAAUUUGGUUUGAAGGACACAGAGAAAGGUUGGAGGGGGAGGUUUGGUGUGUUUGUUUUUUGCCUUUCUUCCCAUAAUGUUUGGUUAACAAGGUAGCCUUUUUGCUAGUGGAAGAAGAAAAAAGUUGUGCAUGUUGUCUCUAAUUCCCUUCUCUUCUGUCCUCUCUCUGAUCCCCUGCUACCAACAGCGCUCACUUUGAGUGAGAGUUUUUCCACCAUAAAAUUAUAACCCUGAAAGCUGUGGUAAAGCUGUGUGCACUGCAUUGAAACACACAGGCUUUUCCUUUCCUUUCCCAUUAAGUGUUUUCUCGACCCAAGAUAAAAGUUUGGAAUCUUGGAACUUCACCUACAACUCAUGCUCUCUGGCUCCUUUGUAGAAUUUUGGAAUUUUUCACAAGGUUCAGUGGUCUCGCCCUUAGUCUGGAGAAACUCCCCAGAACCUGUCUCUAAGCACUCCACCUGGCUCAGAGAACACCGGCCCCAUGUCUGCCCCGUAAGUGAGGUGAGCGAGCCUCCAGGGAUAGAAGGCAGCACGCAGGAACCUCCCUGUCCUGUUCUCCAGAACCAGAGGAUGCAUCAAGGGAAUCUCAGGGUCUCUAAGGCAUUGCUGACAGUCACCCACCCCACACAGACUUGCUUCUCACUUGCCACCCCAUUUCAGGGAUGUGAGUACCUGCCAUGGCCAAUACGUUACCAGGUCCUUAAAACCCUGGGCUCUCUGAGUUAGCUACCUUGUUCUGCUCCCCAUUUCCUAACUUUGUUUGUUCUUGAUUUCUAAUCAAGGAAUGGGACAGAUGGAGACAGAUGAACAAACACACUGGGCAGCACCUAAGCCAUGUCCAAGGUUGGCCGAAGUAAGGGGACCCUGGCCUCUCAGUAGGGCAGGAAGUUGAGCAGUUGUUCCAAGUCUUGAGCUCUGGGCCCCUGGUUUAUAUGCCUUUUUCCUUGUUGCUUUUUAAAAUUUUGCAAUUAUUUUAAGAAAUCCAGGCUUUCAGACCAGCUCUUUUAUUAAACUUUUCUUUAUUGAUUUUUUAAAACAAAAAACAAAACUAAAAAAAACAAAAAAAAACAAAACAAAAAAAACCACCCACACUAUUCUUACUUUCCCCAACUUGAUCCAUGAGAAUCUCCUACACUCCCCCCUGCCUUUGCAGUUAAUCAUUCCUCCCUUUUUCCUCAGCUUGAAGCAUCUAUGUCCAGUGUCUGUGAAAUGAUGUUUUAUCUGUGUCUCAGGAUGAGAAACGGCAAUCAUUCCACCAGGUGCUGGAAACUGAUUAGCCUCGAGGCAAGGGUUUCUAGGGCCACAGCUCAGGGAUGUGUAUUUAAUUACAGGGUCCCCAGAAACCCCUCUCUUGGCUGCCACAAGCAGCAGCUUCUUUUUUUGGGCUUGAGAGCUAGGCCUGGACUGUUUCCUCAGAAGCAGGAGCCCUAGAGAACAUGUGGAGUCUGGGAGCAAGCUGGGGCUUCCUUCUCAGCUAGACCUGGGCUACCUUGAACUUGAAGACUUCUGGCUGUCCUGCAACAUGAGCCACGGUGGCUCUGCCUCGGUAUACCAGCUCAUAAAAAUGCCUGGUCCCUCUGCCCAAUCCAGCUCCCGUCUGGCCUCCCUCCUCUGGGCCUGCAGCCCUAAAUGAAGCACAGCCUGCUCAAGAAUCAAUUGCAGGCUCAAAGGGAAGCUGUGAGGUAGGCCAGGGUUUGCUCCAAGCCCAAGAAGAAAGUUGUGUUACUGGUGGAGGCUGGUCUUCUAAAUCCUGGAGCCAGCCCUGCCAGCCAAAGGAUCAUUUUUGCCCUUUGGUGACCUUUUUUUUUUUUUUUUUUUUUCUUUCUCUGAAAUGUCUUAUAAUAGGUAAGAAUGUUGACUCAAAUUUCCAUGAAAAAGAAAAAAAUAAAACUACCUCUUGAAUGACAUCCUGAUCGAUUUCUCCCUGAGGAAUCCUGUGGGAAAAAAAUACUGCAGCUCCCUCUCUGUUUACAUGUUUCUGUCAGGAAAGAAGCCCUGCCUGCCCUGGGGUGUUGGUGUUUUUGUCCGUGUUGCCAUCCCAGGCUUGCGAUAGGGGCUUGUGGCUGCAUUGCAAUGUCUGGGCCACGUCUGGGGAGUCCCAGCCACCUGCCCAGCCAUGGACUAGCCACCCCCUCCGCUGCAGAGAUCACCAUUUCCUUCCUGUGAUCCAAGGCACAGGGAGCACCACCUCCCACAACCCCACCGUCAGGUGCUGUAGUGGCACACACAUCAGUGAACGUGUCCCUCAGCUACCUACCGUUGGCCCACUUGCACCCACAGUCCUGUGUAGGAAUCGCAUAAAUGGGAUGUCUCUGAGCCCUUGUCCCCAAAGGGCCGGCCAAGGGCUACCCAGGCCCUCUGCUACCUCCCACCCUGCCAGCUGGCAAGGGAUGGGCCCUUUUCUGUGAAUUGACUACCUGUGGAAAUGUGACCAAUUAGUGUGAAAUGCAUGUUUAGCAAAUGUUAGGUACUGUAUUUGAACCAAUAAAUGUGAAUCCUUCUGCACGUGG